ACAAAACGGGACGAAGAAAACGCAACUUCUGGAGUAUUUAAGUCAAUUUUUAAUUCAAACCUCGAGAUUACAACUAUUUCGUGAUAAAAAUGUCCGAGCAGUUUCUUAGUUCACUCCUUGAAAUGGGAUUUCCGAAAAACAGAGCUGAGAAGGCGUUGGCAAAAACACAAAAUGCUGGUGUACAACAGGCCAUGGAAUGGCUGUUUGCCCAUGAGGAUGACGAAGACAUAGAUGUGCCCAUCCAGGCUCCAGAGGGCCACACACUGGGGGCUACAAGUGAAGCUGACAAACAGAAUGUAGAACAGUCAGCCAUGGAGACAGAAGAAGGGACGGAGAGUGCUGCGGGGGGAGAUAACCCCCAACCAGAACAACCAGAGGAGGCCAAGUCAUUCAAGUGUGAUGAGUGUGGGAAGCUACUGAAAGAUGCUGAUGCUGUGCAGUUUCACGCAGCGAAGACGGAACAUUCAAGCUUCUCAGAGUCCACGGAGGAGGUGAAGGCUCUCAGUGAACAGGAGAAAAAAGAACAGCUUGCUAGGUUACAGGAGAGGUUGAAACAGAAGCGGCUGGAGAAGGAGGCUGAGGAAAAGAAGGCUGAGAUACAGCGAGAAAAACAGAGGAGACACCUCGGCAAGGACGUCGUCAGUGCAAAAGAAAGAAUGGCUGAAAUUGAAAUGAAGAAAAUAGCAGAGCAAAGAAAGCGGGAAAAAAAUGAGGAAAGGAUUGCAAGACAACGAGUCAAAGAACAAAUAGAAAAAGACAAGCGGGAUCGGGCUGCAAAGUUUGGGAAGGCUAGCACAGAAAGUGGAGCUUCAGCAGCCAGUUCCCCUCCACAACCAGCCGCCCCGCCAGCUAGCUCUGCCCCUACAGAGAAGAAGGAAUAUACAGACGCUAGGCUACAGAUUCGGUUAACCAAUGGUCAAGCUCUGACCCACUCAUUCUCCGCGAAGGAGUCCCUGGCAGCAGUGCGGGUGUAUGUGGAGAUGAACCGGACGGACCCGCCAGGGGCCUUCAAUCUCAUGACCUCCUUUCCAAGAAAAGUAUUCACUCCGGAGGAUUACGAGAAACCAUUAGUAGAACUAGGUUUAGUACCAUCAGCAGUUUUAAUGGUCUCCAAAAGCUCAUGACACUGAUUGUGUAGAAACUGACUGUUUAUGUUUUCCAAAAAUAUAUGCCAACAACCAGUGAAAAUUUGUUUAUGUAGAAGCCUCAUUUGUGUUACAUUCAUUUGGAAAAGAUGAUGAUUGUUACAAGUACAGUAAUCUAAAUUCAUAAACUGAUGUUUAAAGCAACUACAGCAGAGUUUUCUGUAUUGUCUUUGUUCACCUGAUUGCAGAUUUGAUUCAUGCAAGUCUGAGUGGAUGUUGAUGUCAUAGAUAUGAAAUAAUAUCUAUAAUUAUUUGCUAGUUGUAACAAUUUGCUUUCAUCUGAUUUUUUUUCAAGUUAAGUACAUGUAUAAAAUAGGAUGGACAUUAUGCAAAACAUUUUUUUUUCAUAUAUGUUAUAAAUAUCUUUCUUUUAUUCUUGUGUAUAAAAUGUGUUGAAUAAAAUUUACUUGUUUA